GUGCCCACUGCAUUCUCAUACUUACUCCCAAGAUGGCUGUCUCAAAUAUUAGAUAUGGAGCAGGAGUCACAAAGGAAGUGGGCAUGGACCUACAAAACAUGGGGGCUAAAAACGUUUGCUUAAUGACAGACAAGAACCUCUCCCAGCUCCCUCCUGUCCAAGUGGUUAUGGAUUCCCUGGUGAAGAAUGGCAUCAGCUUCAAGGUUUAUGACAAUGUGAGGGUGGAGCCCACAGAUGCAAGCUUCAUAGACGCUAUUGAGUUUGCCAAAAAGGGAGCGUUUGAUGCCUAUGUUGCCGUGGGUGGCGGCUCCACCAUGGACACCUGUAAAGCUGCUAAUCUGUAUGCAUCCAACCCCAGCUCUGACUUUCUGGAUUAUGUCAAUGCCCCCAUUGGGAAGGGAAAGCCUGUGCCCGUGCCCGUGAAGCCUCUGAUUGCAGUCCCAACUACCUCAGGAACUGGGAGCGAGACCACUGGGGUUGCCAUCUUUGACUAUGAGCACUUGAAAGUAAAAACUGGCAUUGCUUCAACAGCCAUCAAACCCACACUGGCACUGGUUGAUCCUCUGCAUACCCGCCACAUGCCUGCCCAGGUGGUUGCCAACAGUGGCUUCGACGUGCUCUGCCAUGCCCUGGAGUCCUACACUGCCAUUCCCUACCAUAUGCGGAGCCCCUGCCCUUCUAAUCCCAUCAUGCGACCAGCAUACCAGGGCAGCAACCCCAUCAGCGACCUUUGGUCAGUCCACGCACUGCGGAUUGUUGCUAAGUAUCUGAAGAGGGCUGUCAGAAAUCCCGAUGAUCUUGAAGCAAGGUCUAAUAUGCAUUUGGCAAGCACUUUUGCUGGCAUUGGAUUUGGAAAUGCUGGUGUUCAUCUGUGCCAUGGGAUGUCUUACCCAAUUUCAGGCUUAGUGAAGACAUACAAAGCCAAGGAUUAUGAUGUGGAUCACCCACUGGUGCCUCACGGCCUGUCUGUGGUGCUCACCUCUCCCGCCGUGUUCACAUUCACGGCGCAGAUGUUUCCAGAGCGGCACCUGGAGACGGCGGAAAUAUUUGGAGCCGACACCCGCACUACCAGGACCCAGGAUGCUGGGCCAGUGCUGGCAGAUGCGCUCCGGAAAUUCUUAUUCGAUCUGGAUGUUGACGAUGGCCUAGCUGCCCUUGGUUACUCUAAGGCCGACAUCCCUGCUCUAGUGAAAGGCACGCUGCCCCAGGAACGAGUCACCAAGCUUGCACCCCGUCCCCAGUCGGAAGAAGACCUGUCUGCUCUGUUUGAAGCAUCCAUGAAGCUAUACUGAUCACCACUGCAACUGAUUUAAAUCCCUCUUGCCAUCGCAGUUCUCAAAGCACGAGUUGAUCCAGAUAAUGUGCUGUCUUUCCAUCUCCACACAUAACUUGCCUGCCACAUGUUUGAAUGCUAGAUAAUGAUGGCCACAGAGUCCAGCCAUUUCCAGAAACUCUAACUGGACAGAUGCCUGCUGUGUCAGAUUCCAGGGCCAGACUUCAGGGUGUAAUGUUCACACUCCAAACCCCAAAGAAUGCUCUAAUCUGUUCUCUUACUCCCUGCUCAAACAGGUGAAAUUCAGACUUUCUCUGAAGUGUAAAAUUAUGUGUUCUGAGGUGGGCAUUGCCACUUGCAAUGCCAGCAUCCCAUUUAAGAGCACUGGUUCCAGUCCCAGCUGCUCUGUUCAUGGUCUGGAUUCCUGUAAAUGUCUCCUAUCAGGCAGUAAGUGAUGACACAAGUAGUUGGGCCCCUGCCACCCAUGUGGGUGACCUGGAUGGAAUUCUAGCCUUCCAGCUUCAGCCUGGCCCAGCCCUGACUGUCAUGGGUGUUUAGGGGAUGAACAUGUUUGUGGAUAGACACUAUUUCAGUCUCUCUUUCAAGUAGAU